CAACUCGCAGAAACGCACCCAUUCGCGGCGACAAACGUGAUCUGGAGGGUUGAAGGAAUUCUUUGAACUUUUAUCCCAGGAAUGCGCUGAGUCCAACUAUCUCACUUUUCGUUCUCCUGCAUAUGUUGCCAGGAUUUUCGGCACAGCGCAUCCAGCAAAACGACGCGACGAGUUCACUUUCGAAUAUCCCAUACGCCCUCAUGUUCAUGAAAUAUUACCAAAAUUGAUGAGGACCUGUCCGGAGGACCGUGAAAAUCAUGGCCACGGCAGUACUGGAUACCGAGUAUUUGUCGGCGUACCUCAGUGUGCCGCAACAAACUCUGACCACUGUUAUUGAUGCACCUACGGCAGAGCUUGUUCGAUCAGUCCUUGAUGCGGUCCAAGCAAAAGCGCGCGAGCAUGAUGAGCUGGCGGCAGAUAAAUUACGGGUGGAUAUCGAGCUGGAAAAUGCAGUUCGGAGUGCAGAGACGCGUGUUGAGGGUCUGAGGUCCACGAUCGACAAAUCGCAGAAGACUGUCGAGGAACUUCGGACCAAGCUGAAGGAAGAAGAAAACGCGCGAUCGGCUCUCGAAAGUGAGCUCCAAGCAUUGAAAUCCUCUUCGACGACCUCGACCUCCGAGGUGGAAACUUUGCGAGCUCGAAUCGCAUCUCUCGAAGCCGCCAACCGGGAUACUGUCGCUGCUCUUGAAUCAAAAAAUACUGUGAACGACAAUCUCGCUCAGGAUCUGCAGAAGCAACACCAGAAAGGCUUGGAGCUCAGUCAGCAGAUUACUGCCCUACAACAAUCUGUUCAAAAUGCAAAUUCUGCGGCCUCGAGUGUCAAGUUCCGAGAACAGUCUCUUAGACAAGAAAUUGAGUUGGCCAAGCGCAACAACGAAUGGUUCGAGAACGAAUUGAAAACUAAGACUGCCGAAGCUUUAAAGCAAAGGAAAGAGAAGGGAGCAAGAAUCGCCGAGCUCCAGCGGGAGAAUGAAGAGCUCACCUCCAAUUUAGACGCUUUGAAGCGGACAGAGCAAGCUCUUCGAACCAGGCUCGACGAGGUACAAAAGAAGGCAGAGGAUUCAUUGUCCAAAGUUCAGCAACUUCAAGAAGCAGCGGCCAAGACUGAGGAGGGCUUCCGUCAAGAAUUGGAAAGUGCUCACCGUCUUGCUGAGCUGCAGUCCCAGCAAACUGAAACGCACCGCAAUAGGCUAAGGGAUGUUGAAGCAGCGUUGGAGAAGGCGAAGGACGAUGCAGCGGAAGAGGUUGGCAGGAGUCGGCAGGAUGCAGAAGCCGAGAGACAAGAUCGGGAACAGGCAGAACAUCGGAUUGCGGAGUUGGAAGCGGAAGUCGAUCGACUCGAGGCCCUCAUAGCAGGACAAACUCAAGCAGGGUCUGUGCCUGGUACCCCACGUCAUGGUCUCCAGGGAUCAAUGCUUGGGAGAUCUGGAUCUCCAGCUCAAUUUGGAACUCCAGGGUCUGUUCGAGGGAGGUCUGCGAUCACAGCAACACAAGCCAUUGAUGAGCUCUAUAAAGUUAAAGGACAGUUAGCGACCGAGAAACGACGAGCCGACCGACUUGAAGCUGAGAUGGAGGAGAUGAUGCAAGGAUUAGAGGCCAAGCAACCCGAGAUUGAAGAGAUGCAAGCAGAACAUGAACGUCUUCAACAGGAGGUCAUCGAAAUGUCAAAAUUCGUUGACCAGACCGGGCAGGAGAGGGAACGUGCGAAGAAGGAUGCCAGAAAAGCAGAGAUGGAGGCUUCUACAGCACAGGCGGAGGCUAACAUUCUCCGGCAACAGCUCCGAGAUCUUAGCGCCCAGAUCAAGAUGCUACUCUGCGAAUUAGAUGCUCGAGAACGAGGCUUGGAUGCGCUGAGUGCCGCGGACCGAGCACAGCUCGAACGCCUGGCUCGAGGAGAAGUCAGUGAGGAAGCUUUGGAGGGAUUGACUGAUACCGAUCGGUUCAUCAGCCAAAGACUCACUGUCUUCCGCAGCGUAAGUGAGCUCCAGGAGAAGAACCAAGAGCUGCUCAAGAUCACCAGGCAACUGGGAGCGCAGAUGGAGAGCGAGGAAGCCUUGGCGGCCAAAAACCAAGCUGCGAAGGAUCAUGAAGAGGUUCAGAACCUUCAAGCGAAGAUUGAAAACUACAAGGAUGAACUGAAAAAUAUGGUCAUCCGCACUGAGAGUUACGUCAAGGAGAGAGAUAUGUUCCGGCGCAUGCUUCAACAUCGCGGACAGCUACCUCCAUCUUCAGAUCUGGCCUCCAUGUUCGGACAAUCAGUUGAUGGUAAUCAGAAUGGUGUCAUGCCCACCAUUGAACAGAAUUCUGGGAACAGAGAUAGCACUAACCACGUGGCCGCUUUACGAGAACUCCAAGUACAGUUCGAUCAAUAUCGGGAAGAGCAGGCUACUGAUCGCCGUACUAUGAAGGAGUAUACAGAGAAGCUCUCGAUGGAAAAGGUCUCUCUCCAGGCUGAGAUUGCCAAGGUCAACAGCCAGUUGACGCUGGCCAGCGAGCGCUAUGAGAUGCUGCAUUCCAAUUACACGAUGCUGCAGAACGAGAACAAUGAACUGCAGAAGCGUUCUCAGAUACUCUCUGAAGCAGCUGCUAAACAGGAUCUUCGUACUCAACAAGUAGCCGAGGACCUUGUUGAGGCUAAAGGCUUGGUUGAGAGCAUGCGAAAUGAGAAUGCUAACUUGAAGGCGGAGAAGAAGUUAGCGAAAGACAUUCAAGAUCGCCUCAGUCAGGAUAACGAGGCUUUGAUGAACGAGCGGACCAGACUGAACAACCUAAUCGCCAAUCAGCAAACAUUGCAGAACGAGCGUGAACUAUCCGACUCCGAAACUCGAAGACGAUUACAGGCGCAGGUAGAGUCUCUUGAGGCCGAGUUGAAUACAACGAAACGCAAGCUUAGCGAUGAAAUUGAGGACAACAAGAAAGCCCAGUUACGAAAAGAGUAUGAUUCUCAGCAGAGUCAAAAGCGGAUAGACGAUCUCGCCAAUAGCCUCAGCCAGGUGCGCGAGGAAUUGGUAGCAGCAAAGACAACCCGUGACCAUCUUCAGUCUCGAGUCGACGAACUUACUAUCGAACUGAAGAGCGCGGAAGAGCGAUUGGGACUUCUCCAGCCGAGACCAACACCACGGCCAGGUACAAAUGGUGAAACGGGCGUCGCCACUAACGGACACGAAGACCAAGACGAUUCUCUGAGCAGAGAACAGGACUUGGCGCUUGAAGUUGCUGAAUUGAAGCGGACUUUGGAUCUUACGAAGUCGGAGCUAGAGAGCACAAAGAGCCAAAUGGAGCAGUACAAGUCAAUCAGUCAGUCUGCCGAAGAAGAACUCGAAAGUAUCAAUGCGACCCAAGAUCAGUAUCGCGAAGAAAUGGAUCGCAUAAUCGAGGAGAAAGAUUCUAAGAUCAGAGAACUCCAACAAAGGAUUGACGACAUCUCAGCGGAGCUCACCACCACUAAUAAUGAGUUGACAACGUUACGAAAUCAGCAGGCCGAGAUCGCUAGGCAGGCCGGAGAAGAAAAGGCAGCUCUUGAAGCAGAAAUUUUGCGGUUAAAGGAUGAGGACGAAAGGCAUGCUGUCGCAGCACAAUUCCAUCAGCAGGAUCUUCGCGCCCAGGCAACCAUUGCCACAAAGGCUCAACAGGAUUACGAGAAUGAGUUAGUUAAGCACGCGGAAGCAGCAAAACUGCUCCAAAAUCUUCGAGCCGAAUACAACCAACUGAAGACCGAGUCCGCAACUCUCAGAGCUGAAGCCGAAUCUGCUAGGGUUACUUUAAGCCAGAGUGAGAGUUCCUGGGAAGAGCGUAGGGAACAAUUCGAGCAGGAGUUGGCCGAGUUGAGAACAAGACGAGACGAUGUCAAUGCACAGAAUAAGCUCCUUCAUCAACAACUUGAACACCUAGGAUCCCAGAUCUCAGCUCUUCAGGAAAGUCGCUCAACCGUUGCUGGCACAACUGACGCUGGGUCACCAGCGGCGGAGUCAACAAAUGACCGCAACGUUGAUGGCCUUCGUGAGCUGAAUACUUUCCUACGCCGUGAAAAGGAAAUUGUCGAGGUCCAAUAUGACCUCAAAGUCCAAGAGGCCAAGCGUCUGCAGCAGCAACUUGACUAUACACAGUCACAGCUGGAUGAGAGCAAGCUAAAACUUGAGCAAGAACGUCGCCUAAACGCUGAUGGGGGCCGAAGUUCAAUUGCACAUAAAGAUCUCUUGGAGAAGCUGAAUGAACUGAAUCUAUUCAGGGAAAGCAGUAUCACAUUACGAAACGAGGCUCGUCAAGCUCAGAGCCAAUUAACGGAGAAGACAAAACGUGUGGAAGAGCUAAUGGAGCAAAUUCAACCUCUAGAGGCAAAGAUUCAUGAGCUCGAGCACGGCAAGGAGACCAUGGAAGGGGAGAUGCGGCUCUUACAGGAGGACCGGGACCGUUGGCAGAAACGGACCCAAGACAUUAUUUCCAAAUAUGAUCGUAUCGAUCCUGCUGAAAUGGAGCAGCUCAAGGAGACGAUCGAAUCAUUACGAGCAGAGAGGGAUUCUUUGCUCGAAGAGAAACAACCACUUCAAGAGAAAUUCCAGGCCUUGGAAGCUGAGAAGGCGGCUUGGCAGCAGUCACGGCAGAAGUUGAUUGACCAAGCCAAAGAACGGUCACGUAUCCAAGCAAAAACCAUUGCAGACAGGACUGCUGAAAAGGAUCUGGCCAAUCAAGAGAAGGAAGCUCUCCAGCAGCAACUGUCUUCCCUCAAACAAGAAUUAGAGACCGCUGUUCAUGAAAAGGAUGCAGCAGAACAAAGGCUCGCAUCCCUUGGCCAGGAAUUAGAAGGUGUCAAAUCUGAACUAGCCCGCGCUUUGGCGAGUGUCACCGAGUCAUCAUCCAACCAAGCUGCAGUGGUUCCUCCAGUUGAACCUCAAACAGGAACCGACGGCGCACUUGACCAAGAGCUCACCAACCUUCGUACGGAGCUUGAUGCGGUUAAGAAAGAAAAGGCAUCCCUCGAAAUUGAACUUGCCGAUUUGCGAGUGCAGCUCAAGAAUGUAACGUCGGAGAGGGACCGUGCCUUAGCUGAAGCUGCAGCCGCCGCAGAAGCGUCUUCACAACAGACAGUCGAGACCUCUACCAAUACCGCAGAAAACGGUGUCGAAGAAGGCCAAAUUGAUGAGACCCCGAAGCCAAGUAUUUCCGAGGACGAAAAGAAAGCUCUUGAGGAUCGUAUUGCUGCUGCAGAAGCGAAGGCCAGAGAACAGGAAGAGAGGGCUGCGAAGAUCGAGCAGCAGAUGGAAAACACAUUAAAAGCGCGGUCCGAGAAGAUGAAGACGGCUUUAAAUAAGAAGCUGGCCGAGUCAAAAGAGAAAUACGAGGCCGAUUACAAAUUAAAGCUCGAGCAAGAAAAGCAGAUCUGGCUUGCGGAAUCCAAAACUCUGAACGAAAAGCCUACGGCACCACCAGCUCUACCUAAGGCCGAAGAUGCCCCUUCUGCCGCUCCUGCCGCUCCUGCCACUCCAAGCCAACCGACCGUGGGAGCAACAGUAUCCGAUGGCUCUAGUUUAUCCGAUGCCCAAGUUCGAGAACUUCUUUCAACAAAUCCCACAGUCAAGGCAAUCCUUGCCGGUAAUCUCAAGAAGAAGGUAGAGGCCGAAACCCAGAAGCUCAAGGAAGAACGAGAGAAAAUCAUCGCUGAGAAACUUGCCGAGGCUAACCAAAUGGCUGAAACUGCCAAAACUCAAGCUGUAUUCAUGGCCGAGAAGAAAUCAGCUUUGAAGAUAAACAUGGCGGAGAAUAGAAUCAAAGUUUUUUCCGCAAAGCUUGAAGUUGUCGAAAAGGCUGCCAAAGAGACACCUCAGAAGCCUGUCGUUGAAGUUUGGGAGAUAGCUAAGGACGCUAAGCCACCUCCUGCUGUUAUCCCAGAACCAGCCAGUCAAGCAAACGGAACUGGUGGUCCGGCUUCCAAGCCUGCGGAGGUCAAGACCGAGGCUCCUCCUUCCGGGAUACCUCGAGCACCAUCGCAACCAUCGCAACCAACACAACCAUCGCAACCACCACAACCGUCACAACCGUCACAGCCAUCACAGCCAUCACAGCCAUCAAAUAUCCCGUCACCAUCAAACGGUACAUUACCUGCGCCUCCUAGCAACAUUGCUUCAGCGCCAUCAUCAGGUAGCAGUAACAUCCGGCCACCAAGUCAGAUCCCACAAAUACGGGGUGGACCUCCCACUCGAGGUCGCGGAAACGCUAUGUACCAAGCAGGACGUGGUGGACCAGCGGCCGGUCGUGGUCGAGGUGGCGGCUCUGGACAGAGAGGUGGUUUGAACGCAGGGGCACAAAGUUUUAGUCCCGGCGGUCAAGGUCAGAAACGACCUCGAGAAGAUGGGUCGGCUGGUGGAGCUCAGCAGGGUCAUGGAGGGAAAAGGCCUCGGGGCGGCGGUCAAAGUCAUUAAAAGUGGGAGGGCGCAUCUUGGUUGUAUCAUAUAAUUUACUGCAUAAGGUAGCUAAGGACGGCUUUCAUUUGUCGAAAUUGAGGCAUGGCGCAUCUAGGAGUGUACAGGCAUGGUAGCAAAUGGAGGGCUUGUACAAAAGUACCCUUUGAUAUGAGAGAUCGGCG